AUGUCUGAACGCCCCAAACCCUCCAACAGCUCAUCAUCCACAGUCACAGAGGACCGUGAAUCCGUCAGGGUAGCUCCACCACCACCAUUAAGUCAGCAAACACAACCGUUCCACCGCCGCAACCGCCACUCUUCCUCUUCUAAGAUACCACAGCUCACCCCUAUCCUCCAAGCAUAUCGUCAUCAGCAGGGUGGAGCCGCCCACAGACCACAGCACCCACCACCACAACACCACGCUGAACAGUCUCUAGCUGCCUCAGACCAUGCAGACUGGGACUCUGCCGACGACUUCGCCAGUCCUCCAUUGUACCCCAGGCCUGUAUCCCGCCAUUCCGACACACCACCGCCGCUGCACACACCUCCUGGGGAAGGCAAUCACAAUGCCCCCCCGUCGGACGAUGAGGAUGGUGUGGAUGGAUUCUUCAAUGAUGAGGAACAACCUCCCACAUCUGCCGACCAAGCUGCCCUUCUGCUCUUCCGUGAAAAGUGGAAGGGAACUUUCUCUGAAGACUCUACCUGGGAGGAAUUCACCACACACUGCACCACCUUCGCCACUGCCGCACGAGAACUGGCCAUUAGCUUGAAGAAAUCACACACCUCACGCACGCCCAAACCGUCAUCUCAGUCACGCCCACCAACCUCACGCCGCCCGCCGCAAGGUAGACCCAUCCCCAGAUUCGACCCCACCGAAGCCCGUCGCCUGCAAGGCCUGUAUUAUCACUCCAAGAGACGGGCUGCACGGAAGAUUCUGGGGAACAACAACACUAUCUUCACGGGCUCCAUCGACGACACCGAACAAUACUUCACCACCUCCCUUGCAGAAAAAUUCACAAACACAUCCAUUCUGCAGGAGCAACUAGAUCAAUUCACUCCCACUGCCCGUGAAGAACCCACCACCGAACUCUUGUACGACGAACUGCGACAGUCCGAGAUAGCUGCCAAACUAGGCUCCGCCGCCAACACCGCACCGAAUUCAGACAGAUGCGAGUAUGCUCACCUUAAAAAGGUCGACCCCACCGCUGCCAUCCUGUCCCUGAUCUUCAACCGAUGCCAUGUGGAGAAGGACGUUCCACAACCGUGGAAAGACGCAGUGACGAUCCUGAUUUACAAGAAAGGGGACACGGAUGACAUCUCCAACUUCCGCCCAAUAGCGCUCAUGUCGACCAUGUAUAAACUGUUUAUGGGCGUACUCGCAAAACGUCUGACCAAGUGGAGCAUCUACAACGGCAUACUAUCGGAUGAGCAGAAAAGCGCGCGGCCCUCGGAAGGAUGCUACGAGCACACCUUUUUGCUGAAAUCAAUCGUAGCAGACUCUCGACGCCGCAAGCAAAAGCUGUGCAUGGCCUGGCUGGAUAUCCGCAAUGCCUUUGGCAGCAUCUCACACGACGUCAUACGCUCUUCGCUCCAGCACAUUGGUGUCCCGGCGGACAUGAUUCAGCUCAUCGGCAACGCGUACUCUGGUGCCUCAACAACUAUAAAAACACCUGCAGGCAGCACUGCUUCUAUCCCAAUUCGUGCUGGGGUGAAGCAGGGCUGUCCCCUGAGCCCUAUCAUAUUCAAUCUAUGCAUGGAGUUGAUUCUGCGCAUGGUCAAAUCUAAAGCCAGUCAACUCCGCUCGGGGGUGUGCAAGUUUCAGAGUCGCACCGUCUCGUGUCUAGCCUACGCCGAUGAUUUGGUCCUGCUGGCCCGCUCUCCAGAUGCUCUCCAACAACUUCUCGAUCGUGCCUCGGACGCCGCCUCGGUGCUCGGAUUCGAAUUUCGGCCUGACAAAUGUGCAACCCUAUUUCUCACCACCGAAGGCAAACGCCACCUCUGGACAGACCGCCACGACUUCAUUCUUCAGGGUGACCACUUGCCGGCCCUUGAGAACGAACAGUCAUACCGGUACCUAGGAGUACCAAUUGGGGUCAUCCACAACAUCGAUGACAUCCCGACCAUCAUCCCGCGUCUGAUCCACGAUCUCCACUCCAUCAACUCUUCUCUUCUCGCUCCGUGGCAGAAACUGGAUGCGAUCCGCACCUUCAUUCAACCCUGCCUCACAUACGCUCUUCGUGCUGGCGAUCCGCUGAAGAAGUCGCUCAGUGAAUACCGCUCCCUCCUCGUCAGGGUCCUACGCGAAAUCUGCAACCUGCCAACCAGAGCCACUCAGAGCUAUUUCUUUGCGGCGAAAAAGGCCGGUGGCCUGGGAUUUCAGGAUCCUCUCGUGGAGUGUGACAUGCAGGCGAUCGUCCAGGCAGUCCGUGUGCUUUCCUCCAAUGAUGACAACGUCACCACCAUCGCCAAGGAAGAUCUUCGUGCCUUUGUCCGUCAGACAGCCCAAUCCAACACGACUGCUGACUUGAUCUCGAAAUACCUCUCUGCUAAAGACGAUCCCAGACUGCGAACACUUCACUACUCUUCCCACUCGUCGCUGUGGUCGAGAGUCAGAAAAGCCUGUCGCCGCCAGAACAUCGCCAUACGCUUUUCUGAUACCGAGCCUCCCACCAUUUCUGCGGACGAGUCUGACGCAGUUAAGUCCAACCAGGUAUCGUCUUUUCUACACCGUUUGGCCCAACAACGGUAUGCGGACUCGCUGGCUGCUCUUCCUGACCAAGGGAAGGUGGCUCGUUGCCUGGCUGAGGACAUCUACGCCAAUGGCUCGAGCUGGCACAUGAAUGGACUCAACAUUCGCUUUAAAGACUGGAGAUUCAUUCAUCGCGCCAGACUCAACGUGCUCCCCCUCAAUGCCAACAAGAGCAGAUUCUCCCACACAGAUCCGACAUGCCGCCAUUGCACCCAACCGGAAACCCUGCCUCACGUUCUCUGCCACUGCCGACCGCUGAUGACGCAGAUGCGCGAACGUCAUGACCUUAUCGUGGACCGUAUAUCGAACGCAGUACGAUUCGGCGACGUCACCACCGAUCGUGCGGUGCAGAACUCCGGACUACGCCUUCGCCCGGACAUCGUUGUAGAAGAACAGGACGACGUCCUGAUCAUCGAUGUCACUUGUCCCUUUGACAACGACGACAACGCUCUGGCCGAUGCAGCGCAAACCAAGCUCAAUAAGUACGAACCUCUCAAACAACACUUCAUUGGACUUGGCAAGCGCUGCGAAAUCCACCCUUUCGUCAUUGGAGCCCUGGGAUCCUGGUACCGCCCGAACGAGCUACUUUGUACCCGACUCGGCAUGACGCGACGCUACAAGAACCUUUUUCGCAAGUUGUGCUGCUCGGAUGCAAUCCGUGGAUCUACCGAUAUCUACCGCCUCCACCUGGGUUGCGACUUGGCAACCCAGGAUGCCCAGUAA